UGCUUCAAAGCUGAUUUACAUCACUUCGUCCUGUCCUUCAUACACGGUGUCCAUUACGACCUCGCCAUCCUCAACUGCAGCCUGCCUCUAACCCGUUGGAAGGUGUUCGCACUGCUAAAACAAUGGUUUACUCAUUGGCAUACCGCCGGCCUUCCUACGUCACGCCAUCUCGAGACUCGUUGAGCGGCGAUGAGAAGCAGAAGUCAAUCAACGACUCAAUCAAGUCCUGCAGCUCAUGUAUGAGCGGUGGCAUACCGGAAGCUCUGUCCUUCGAUCGCAUCGUUUCCAGUGGCGUUUGUCCUCCAUGUACUGUUCGCGAUUUCAUGAAUUACCUGAAAUACAUUGAGCACUCCGCCGAGAAUCUGCAAUUCUUCUUGUGGUAUCGUGACUAUUGCGCCCGCUGGGAGAAGCUUCCUGAAAGCCAGAAAGUGCUUUCUUCGGUUUGGAGUGUCCAGCAAGCUGAGUCAGAUGCUUCUGGUAACGCAACCAGACAAAAGCGGCUCGAGCCUCACAUUGCCGCCGUCCUCAAGGACACCGAGUUUGCCGAUGGUUCAUUGAGGCCGCCUUCUGAUAAAGCCGACCCUUUCGGCACACCGGAGAAGUCAUCCGUCGAUGAAAAGCGGGAUGGGGUGUCCGAGUACGGCUCGUCCACUGGCGACGAGAAGACGUGGGCGAGCAGCAAUGACCACAAGUCCACAGCGAGCCAAGCCUUCGAUGAUGCUGGCAUGAAGUGGAAGCCUUUCACUACUCAGCCAUACCGUUCCGAGGUCGACCGCAUCAUCAGCAUAUAUAUCGCCGAGGACAGCCCGAGGGAACUCAACCUCUCAGACACCGAACGCAAGUCCGUCCUGCAUGCUCUCCAACACACGACCCAUCCAUCCGCCUUCCACAUUGCGAUUACCAGCGUCGAGUACACUCUUCGAAGGCAAGGUCAUCCAAACUUCAUCCGCUGGACUAUCUGCAACGGUAAUCGGCCACGCGUGGUUUUCGCCCGGGGUCUUGGCGUGGCUGGCAUCAUGGCUGGCCUUGUUGCAGAUCUUCUGAUAACACUCAGCCGUGCUUCUCGUCCGUGGCGAGUGCUACCUUUCCUCGCCUGGUUUAUCGGCAUUGCCACUCUAAUAGCAGCGUGGAAGGGCAUGUGCGUCGUCCUACACGGCCUGCAUCAUCGCCACCUUCGACCGUGGGAGCUGUUCUCCGAUGACCCGGAGGAAGUCACCAACGAGAAGUACAUGUCCAUGGAGUCCCUUACGAGCGAGUCGACGAAUUCGUAUGAAGACGAGCCGUGGAUUGCUCGUUAUGGAAAGCGCAAUAUUAUCCGCAAAGUCUUCGACCGCGAGAUCUGGAUCCGGGAACCCGCGCUAAGACAGAUACAGGACACGAUCUUCCUGCAGGCAAUCGUUGGAGGGUUUGUCCUUUCUUGCAUAUUUGUCGGCAUCUUCUGCGCUGUACCACGAGGCAAAUUUUAUUGACAACAACGGGAACGCGCGGAAAGCUGGUCAUGAUAUAUGUCUAAUGAUGCGAAUGUUCACGCAACGGAGUCAGCGCAAACAGGCAUAUGAGAUCG